UCCUUCUCUUCCCUCCCAUUCUCCCUAGCGUGGCGAUGCCGGUCAUAUGGAACACCUUCAUGGCCGUGACAAUGGGCAUCAGCUUGCAACAGAUCGGGAAGGGCGCCGUCGGGAGCCCCUACAUUCCCUCGCCCUUCCCGCUGCCUCCGCCCCAGCCUGAGUACCUCUUCAUCUUCCCUUCGAACCUGACCUGCGAUGACAAGUUUACCGUGCAGAUGACUGUGAUCCCGACGGCUGAGGCAAACGUUGGUUUCCGCCUUCACUUCGCGCCUCCAGAUGGGGAGCCGCUGGACUUCGAGAAUGGCGACCUCUUCUUCUCGUUUCACCUAAGAUGGCACUUCGAUUACGGGCCCAGCAAGGAGAUCGCCUUCAAUGACAGAUACAACGGUGAAUGGUCCCGCCCAGAGGUAACAGUGGGCGGGAACCUUUGGCCGAACGUGACCGCCGGGGAGAGGUUCAUUGUUUCCACUUCGAAGGCUGGCCCAUGCUUCGUCACCUUCGUCAUACUCGGAGAUGACAUGCACUUGGCCGUCCCUAUCGCUAUGGAGCCGCUCGUCUUCUGCCCCAAGGUGCCAGUGACAGGUGACCCUCGCAAGCUCUGGCUGACCGUCAAUGAGGACAAGCAGGGUGCCAAAGAGGUCAUCGUCCAGUGGGUCACCUGGAUGCCCUCUUUCUAGCCAGGUGUGCGGGGCUAAUCAACACCUACCUCACCUGGACAGCCAAUUAGUUAAAUCCAGGUGUGUGUGUAUAUAGGUGAUUGGUUAUUGGUUCCCUUCCUUCCUGUUCCCUUCAGCAGGUCAGUUUUUUUCCUUCAUCUUCCUAUCAUUGCAAUACUGAAUAACACUGUAGCUAAAUAGGAAAAGAAAGGCAGGUUGGUUUAAACGUAAAACUUUAAAAAGGAAGUGUAGUUUAAAAGGAAAAGGAAAGCAAGUAGAUGUUGGCUUAAACGUAAAACUUUAAAAAGGAAGUGUAGUUUAAAAGGAAAAGGAAGGCAGGCAGAUGUUAGUUAAAACGUAAAACUUUAAAAAGGAAGUGUAGUUUAAAAGGAAAAGGAAGGCAAGUAGAUGUUGGCUUAAACGUAAAACUUUAAAAAGGAAGUGUAGUUUAAAAGGAAAAGGAAGGCAAGUAGAUGUUGGUUCAAGCGUAAAACUGAAAAACAAAAGCCGGUGUAGUUUAAAAAGGAAAGAAAAGAAGGGAAAGAAGGUUCUAGGAAAAAAAAUAAGUAUGUAGUAUAUAUAUGGAAAAUCUAAAUAAAAAAAAUCACACUAGCUUCAAAUAGAAAAAAAGAAAUGAGAUAGUAAUGUUGGAAUAAAGAAAGUGUGAUAAUUGAAAACUUGUUAAAAGGGAGAUUAAUGUAGAAUCAAUAUAAAAAUAGAUUAAUAUACAUGCAAUUUCACUUUCCCGUUACUUUUUUUAGGAUGUUAAUUAAAAUACUCGAACCAAAAGAUGAAUGUGUGAUAGAAAGACUUGAUAAAAGGGACAUUGGAGAUUGAUUGAUUGAUUGAAAGUUUAUUGUUGCGGGUAAAAUCAAUAUUGGAAAUGGAUUUACUCGCAUGCAAUUUCCCUGUUCUGUCACUUUUUUUAGGAUGUUAAUUAAAAUACUCGAACCAAAAGAUGAAUGUGUGAUAGAAAGACUUGAUAAAAGGGACAUUGGAGAUUGAUUGAUUGAUUGAAAGUUUCUUGUUGCAGGUAAAAUCAAUAUUGGAAAUGGAUUUACUCGCAUGCAAUUUCCCUGUUCUGUCACUUUUUUGAGAAUGUUAAUUAAAAGACUCGAACCAAAAGAUGAAAGUGUGAUAGAAAGACUUGAUAAAAAAGACACUAGUGUAAAAUCAAUAUUAUAAAUGGAUAUACUCGCAUGCAAUUUCCCUGUUCUAUCACUUUUUUGAGAAUGUUAAUUAAAACACUCGAACCAAAAGAUGAAUGUAUCGUAGAAAAACUUAAUGAAGGGAGGAUUCGUGUUAAAGUUGUAUAGUACUGUAUAAAAAACGCAUGCAAUUCCCUUUUCCCGUCACUUUUUUGAGAAUGUUAAUUAAAAAGACACUAACCAAAAGAUGAAUGUUUAGUAGAAAAACUUAAUGAAGGGAGGAUUAGUGUAAAAGCUGUAUAGUACUUUAUAAAAAAACGCAUGCAAUUCCCUUUUCCCGUCACUGUUUUUACAAUGUUAAUUAAAACACUCGAACCAAUAGAUGACUGUAUCGUAGAAAAACUUAGUGAAGGGAGGAUUAGUGUAAAAGCUGUAUAGUACUGUAUAAAAAACGCAUGCAAUUUUCCUUUCCCGUCACUGUUUUCAAAAUGUUAAUUAAAAUACACUAACCUUCAAAUGUAGUUAAUAAUUAGUGGAUGUUGUAUUCUUUUCUCUAUUUUAUUGGCUGAUUGAUUAAUUGAUUGAUAGUUUGGUGUUUCAAGUAUACUGUUUCUCCUUUCGGAAAUACAUCAACAGCAACGCAGUGUCCAA